GUAUUGUGCGUGAAUAGCCGAAGGAUUGCAGAAUAAAGAAGAAAAUGUCGAUUUACAACAAUUCGGUUAAGAGAUACUACGACUUCGUAUUUACGGAUCUCGCCGAUCCCCGCACCAACGAUUGGCUCUUAAUCAAUGACCCGCUUCCAGGCUUAGCUAUAGUAGGAUUCUAUCUAUACUUUGUUUUAAACUUGGGCCCUCGUCUCAUGAAAGACCGACAACCUUACGAAUUAAAAAACACCUUAAUCGUUUACAACUUUGUGCAAGUUUUAGUUAGCGUUUAUUUAUUUUAUGAAGGCAUGGAAGGUGCUUGGUUGUACAGGUAUAGCUGGACAUGUGAACCCGUUGAUCACUCGAGGAGCCCCCAUGCCAUGAGGGUAGCAAGAGGCGUUUACAUCUACUUUCUUGCUAAACUCACAGAACUAUUGGACACCGUUUUUUUCGUUUUAAGAAAAAAGAAUGCGCAGAUUAGCUUUCUUCACAUCUACCACCACACAGUGAUGCCCCUAGUUAGUUGGGGAGCCACCAAGUACUUCCCAGGGGGUCACGGUACAUUUAUAGGCGUCAUAAACUGUUUCGUCCACAUUAUUAUGUACUUCUACUACAUGAUGGCGGCCAUGGGACCAAAAUAUCAGAAGUAUCUCUGGUGGAAAAAGUACAUCACCACGUUGCAAUUGUCCCAAUUUUGCAUAGCCUUCCUACACUCUAUGCAACUGCUGUUCUACGACUGCGGCUAUCCAAAGUGGACAAUGUUCUUCACCUUGCCGAACGCAAUCUUCUUCUACUACCUGUUCUCGGACUUUUACAAUAAAGCGUAUGCGGAAAGCAAUAAAAAAAAUGUGAUUAAAAAUGGUCACGCUAAUGGAACUACUAAUGGAAGCGCCAAAGAAGCUGGAGUUCUAUCUAAAAAUGGAGUGCUGUCAAAAAAUGGCGUGCUGUCCGAAAAUGGCAUACUAUCCGAAAAUGGCCACGCAAAACAAUCUUGAUUAAAUCAUACUGUUUUAUGCAUGUAAUAAAAGUUACCGAUGUGUUUUCCGAACGCCGUGUUGAGAAGCAUUUUAAAUUAAAUUAGUAUAAUAAUUGUAA